AUGGCGGCCUCUCCCGCCGACACUGUCGAACAACACAUCGCGAACUUAAACAGCCUUACUCUCAAUCAGUGCAGCGCACUUGCGAGGCGUACGGAAGCGGAACUUCAAAAUAUAUCGAGCCACUUAUCGCAACUGCGAGUUGCUGCAGCUCGCCUUGCUGAGUCUCGAGAGGCGCUGACCCAGCUUGACUCCCACAUACAAAGGCAAAAACAGAAGGGAGAAACGGCAGAAGUUCUCGUGCCUCUCACUGGUGCUCUCUACGCGAAGGGUCGACUGCAGUGCGACGAUAAAGUUCUUGUAGAUAUCGGUGCAGGGUACAUGCUCCAGAAGACAUGUAAAGAUGCCAAGAAGGACGGAGAGAGGACAUUGAACCUUGUAUCCGAGCAACAGGGAAAGCUGGAAAAAAUGCUCAGUGAGAAACAGAAGCAGCUCGAGGUGCUUGUGGCAACGCUGAACCAGAAGGUAUUGGAGAAGCAAGCUUCCGCUCAGGCUGCGGCUGCUGCUGAUCAGAGCACUGCAGCGUGA